AUGUAUCGAAUAAAUGUAACCACAUUCACAUUACUUCUGGUGCUCACAGUAGGAAGCUUGAUGUCCGAGACUUUGCAGCCAUCCGACGGUGCGAUCAAAGAUUUGUACGAAUAUCUGCUUCAACGGGAAUAUGCAGCGCCAGUGUCGUAUGCAGAUCACCAAAUCAAGCGAAAAGCCGUACGUUCUCCCUCGCUGAGAUUACGGUUUGGAAGAAGAAGCGAUCCGUCGAUGCCGAUACGGCCGGACAACGAUGACCUAAUGGAACAGAAAGUCAUCCGGGCGCCUCAGCUUCGUCUGCGUUUCGGACGGAACGACCCUCUCUGGAGCUCGUUCAACGAAAACGCGCUGCUGGAGGAAAACUUCGAAAAGCGUGCUCCAUCGCAAAGACUGCGAUGGGGUCGGUCGAACCUGUUCGGGAAUCUGGCCAAUCAGCAGGACGACGUUAUGCAGCAGAAAACCAUACGGGCACCGCAGCUAAGACUACGCUUCGGCAGAACCGACCCAUCCUGGGCCAUGUACAAUGAACAUCAGAUCAACGCCGACCCGGAAGCAGCGCUUACCAACGAAGCCAGCGAAAAACGAGCGCCAACGCAACGGCUUCGAUGGGGACGGUCGGAUCCAGCGCUGGUGAAGGAUUUGACGGAGGACAACAAGGCUCUGGACGCGGAAGAAAGUGAAACCAACGUUGCUGAUGACAAGUAAACACUCGCCGUAAUUACCUGAACCCCCUGAAAUCCCGCCGUUAUCAACUGCAUAUAUAUCCUCGUGCUGGAACUCUUCAAAGAACGCCCUUCUACUACUAAACAAAAUAACCCAAAACACACACCUAAACACAAAACUACUGCUGUUAUAGGCUACCAUGGCCCUGCACCGAGAACGCUGAUAGGGUCUGCAAGUUCCGAUGCUAGAUCCUCGUAAUUAUAAAAUGUUAAAAAACUAAACGAAGGGAAAAGAUGUAAGGUAAUGGAUGUUUGUUGGAAAUUUUAACCGUUCUACUCUCACAUUUUUGUUUACGGCCGAUGACGAACGGUCGAGGGAGUUCUUUCCUAUGGCUUCACGAAUGUCUGCACGUAACAUGGAGAGCAUUUUCAUCGAACAAUUACUUACCACAUAAGCCCCAAAAGAUAGGCCAAUAGAAUGUUAAUCAAACGGUUCACUGCUGCCGUCACUUGCGACACUUGUCCAGUUAUAAGUAGCUCUCUUACCGUCAUAGAAAACGUACCGAAGCGUUGUUGGGCGCGCGUUGAGUACCGAAAGCGGCAACCUGUUGCGAUUUUGCUGUGUUAUGCAGUGUAGGUGUAGGGAAACUCAAAAGAAGGCUUUUUAAGGGAACCGCCCGGUGCAAAACCGGUGAACCAGCACGCGCACCAGAGCACGUAAGAACCGCGUUGCCGGCGAAAAAUUACCUCGCGGCUCUUACGGUGAAAGUUUAUGGAAAAGUUUUCGUUUCUAUAAACCGUCGGUUGAGACAAAUAUGAAGGAAAAACAGGCUCCGUAGAGGAACGGCUUCUCUGCCCGCUGCUAAACACCCAAACAGAAAAUAAAUAACAAACAGAGCGAAAAAGAUAACUAUGCUGCGCGAAGAAUGUGCUCUUCGGGAUCAUUCGAUUGUUCUACAGCCGUUAACCUCUUAAACAUACCCCCCAUACAUGCACAGUAAAUAAAAUAAGCAAACAUUGCUGCAUCACCUGCUUGUUUAAUGUGGCGGUGCUAUGAGCAUACGAGCAGCAAUCCUGCAGGCGUGCACUUGUACGCAUUCCAUUCCAGUCUAGGACGAGCGAACGAAAAGAAUUUGUAGCCGCCAACAGUUUAACAUAUUCCCACUCAACUGCCGGAGUUAACAAACAACCUUGUGGCAACCAUAAAUACAAGCAUUUCCUCAGACUAUUACCACCAACCGGAUGGAAGCAGUGCUGCACAGUAUAGCUGUAGAUGAUUGAGCCGUUAAAGAUGUAUACUUCAAAUAUAUUUUAGAGUUCUCUGCAGUUAAACGAAGCAGCAAAACACAAACAAGGAGACAAUGUUCAUCAUGUGUGUGUGUACAUAUAUUAAACCAACAUUAAAGUAUUACUUAGCGG